AUGCCAUUUCAUCAAUUUAAGCUUGAAUCGGUUUUGCAAGAAUUCAUAUUGGAUAACGAUUCGUUGCAGCGUAUGAUGUACGUGAUGGAGAAGAUGAUGAACUACGGUCUGACCGGUGCGGAAUCAUCGAUCGCUAUGUUGCCGUCUUUUGUGCCGUCGCUGCCUGAAGGAGAUGAGACUGGACGGUAUUUGGCAAUGGACCUCGGCGGUACGAAUCUCCGCGUUCUUCUAAUGGACAUCAAGAAAGAAGACAGCAUAACCGAGAGUAGAAACUUUCGCGUCCCGCAGGCCGUCAUGACGGGAACUGGAGAAGGGCUAUUUGAUUUCAUUGUCAACUGCCUGGCGAACUUCUUGGACGAAAAAGGCCUCCUUGACGCUGGCCUUAGUCUCGGCUUUACAUUCAGCUACCCAUGUGAUCAACACGGCAUUCGUUCAGCGAAGCUGUUGCACUGGACAAAGGGCUUCAACGCGUCGGGCGUCGUGGGAAACGACGUCGUUGUUAUGCUUGAGGAGGCGAUCAAACGGCGAGGGAACAUUAAAGUAAAAAUCGUCGCUUUGAUGAACGACACGGUUGGAACGCAGAUCUCCACCGCCCACGACAUUGGACAAUGUGCCCUCGGUGUCAUAGUCGGUUAA